GUGAUGUAAACAAGGGUCCUUUGACAAAAUAAGGAGAGCUAGCUACACAAUGGUAACCUGAGCUAUAAGGAAAAGAAAAAUGAAAAUACCCAAAAGAAAACUAUUCCUUCUAAUUAUUUUUGCGUAUGUGGCUUUUUCACUCUAUGCUGCAUACAAUGUCUUCUUUAGCACUAAAGUAAUCUCCCGUGUGCAUAGGGUGGUAAAGAAGGAGUCCGGAGCACUCUCGGGUGGUGUCAGAGAUGGCGGUGCUGUUGCUCCAUUUUUAGCAGGUGAUUGGAAUCCGUGGGAGGAUGAACAGGUGGACUACAACUCGGCUCUGGCCAAAAAGAGGGAGGGCUUCAAACAGUACCUGGGUCGAAUUGACAAAAACAAACCCAAAAGAUACAGGGUACAAAUCUGGGGGAAAGCUGCCAUAGGGCUUUACCUUUGGGAACAUAUUUUAGAGGGACCCCUCAACCCUACUGACAAGAUCGCACAAUGGAGAGAAGGAGAGCUGCACUCAGGAAAGAUUGAUUUCAGUUUCUACACAGGUCCUGCUGUGGUUCAGGGACAUGUCCCCCUGGAUAUGCACAGCCUGGUGCUGGUUCUGAACGGCCGCGAGCAACAGAAGGUCUCCUACUCAACACGAUGGCUGGAGCAUGUCCAAUCUCUGGUACAGUCCCACACGGUGUCACAUGUGGCUGUGGUCCUGCUGGGCAACGAGCGCUGCAACAACGACUUCAUUGCCCCUUACUUAAAGAGAAACGGCGGCUUUGUGGAUCUGCUGUUUCUAGUCUACGACAGCCCAUGGGUCAACGACAAGGAUGUCUUCCAGUGGCCUCUUGGUGUCGCUACAUAUAGACAGUUUCCUAUGAUCAGGCCAAAUGCCCAACUGAUUACCUCCAUCAGGCCUUACCUCUGCAAUUUCCUUGGAACUGUUUACAAAAAUUCCUCCAGAGAGACUCUCAUGCAGGUGCUGAAACAAUCUGGUCUGGAAAAGGAAUGCAUCACCACUGCCAGGGAUACGUGGCUCCCUCAGGAGACAUCAGACAGCCUGAGACGCUAUCAGACAGCUCUGGCCGAGAGCGAGCUCACUCUCUGCCCAGUCGGAAUCAACACCGAGUGCUACCGGAUCUACGAGGCCUGCUCGUAUGGCUCGGUCCCCGUGGUGGAAGAUGUACGGACACCGGGGACUUGUGCGGCAGGGCCCAGCUCCCCACUACGCCUGCUCAAAGCUGCGGGAGCACCCUUCGUCUUCCUUAGUGAUUGGAAAGAGCUGCCGGCCAUCUUGGAGAGGGAGAGAGGGAUGAGCCAGGAGCAGAGGGUGGACAGGAGGAGGAGGCUGCUGGAGUGGUACGCCAGCUUCCGUCAGCAGAUGAAGGAGCGGUUCACUGAGGUCAUCGAGGAGACUUUCUUCAAGAGCGACCGACCGUAACUUACAAACAUUAAAAGAUAUACAGGGGUAGACGUUCAAUAUUUGUUUUAAUUUAUUUGAUUAUGGAGAAAUGUGAGUUACUACUGGUGUUGUGAACCUGAUGAUGUUCAGUGUAAUAUGCCCGUGCGCGUUAUUAUGAAACCAUUUCUGUAUGUUGUAAAGCUGCCAAUACUAGUCAGUAAACGGUGCAAUGACAUUACUGUGUAUUUAUCAUUUAAAUGUUUACAAUGGUGGACUGUCCAGGUGUUUAGAAAUACUAAAUAACUAAAAUACUAAAAACUGCCUUUGCAUUUUGUAAUCCUUAUAUUCAUUUCAAUUUUAUAUCUGUUUGUACGCUCUUAAUAUUGUGAUUUAAAAAAAAAAAACACUAAGAAUAGGGAGUAGAAUGAGAUGAUGUCUUUUUAUGCCUCGUUUGAAAAUGGUAGUUAGAGCUAUUAUUUUGUAAUGUGAGUGACUUAAAAAUGUGUAUAGUUGCUGUGGCAUGUGUCACUUUUCUGAUCAAAACAUGACAAAGUACUUCUUUGUUCUUUUUCUUAUUUAUUUCAAUGAUGUGCUACGUGGAUUUCUUUAAGACAAGAAGUGCAAGAAAAUAAAUAAGUGUUGUCCUGAGGAAAAAUGA